AUGCACAAUCUAGCAGACUGGAUCUCCGGGUCAGUCAUGGGAGGCUGCGUGGGCAGGAGCAGGACAGAUGGACAUGGGAGUGUCCGCAUCUCCUCUCGGAGUAAAAAACGUGGAGCUGCAAUGGGAGUGCCUAAUUCCCGGGAAUACACUUACUACCAUGCUCCGCAUUCACCAAUAAAGAUUUUUCUAAAACGACGCAAUGAGCCCCUGAAGAAGGAGCACCCAAAGUGGAAAAGUGAUUACCCAAUGACUGAAGGCCAGCUCAGAAGUAAAAGAGACGAAUUUUGGGACACAGCUCCAGCCUUCGAUGGCCGUAAAGAGAUCUGGGAUGCUCUGCGAGCAGCAGCGUUAGCGGCUGAAUGCAACGACCUAGAAUUAGCUCAAGCAAUAGUUGAUGGAGCCUGCAUCACUCUGCCUCACGGCUCGCUCACUGAGAGCUAUGAUGAAUUAGGAAACCGCUACCAGCUCCCGGCCUACACUCUGGGCCCGCCUGUCAACCUCAUCUCUGAAACGACUACUGACAGUAAAGUACCAGACAACACUCAAAAACAGGCACAGACCCUUGCAUCCCGGCAGGAAUUUCAACUACGAGUGCGCUUGUCAUCUGGGAAAGAUGUGCGUCUGACUGCCAGUCUGGCUGACACUAUUGCAGAACUGAAGAAGCUGCUGCAGGAGCAUGAGGACAUAGACAUUUCCUGCCAGAGGUGGUUCUUCUCUGGGAAACUACUGACCGAUAAGACUCGAUUGCAAGAUGCCAAGAUCCAAAAGGACUUUGUUGUCCAAGUCAUUGUCAAUACAAACACAUCUGAUAUUAUACCUAAGUGA